AAGAGUAAUAGUGAGAGAGAGAGAGAGAGAGUAGAAAGAAGAGAUGGCGAGGUGGUUUGUCAGUGUCAUGCUUGUUCUGGCAAUAAUAGUGGUUCACUCAAGUGCAAGAAACACUCCUACUGAUGAAGUGGUUCACAACACUGCAAAAAAUGUGCCCAUUGGUGCGCCCACUGGUGCUGGUCUGGAUGAUCAAAAGAACUUUGCCACAUACGGUGGUGUUGGCGGUCUCUCUGGGGUUGGCUCUAACGGGCUUCCGUUCGGUGGAGUUGGGGGUCUUGGUGGAGUUACUGGUCUCGGUGGUACCGUUGGUGUCGGUGGUGGCAUUGGCGGAGUUGGUGGUCUCGGUGGUGGUGGUGGUUUAGGCGGUGGUGGUGGUGGUGGUUUAGGCGGUGGUAGUGGUUUAGGUGGACUUGGGGGCUUAGGUGGACUUGGGGGCUUGGGUGGUACUACUGGACUAGGUGGCUUGGGUGGUGAUGGUGGACUAGGUGGACUCGGUGGCUUGGGUGGCGGAGCUGGUGGUGGUGUUGGUGGAGUUGUUGGUGGAGGUGUUGGUGGUGGCGGAGCUGGUGGUGGUACUGGAGUUCUUCCUUUCCCUUGA